CCGGAAGUAAAACUUUUUCCAGAAGUCAAACAUUACCGUCUUCCUGUGAUGUGCCGCUGGACUUAAAUAAUAAUUUAGGAAAGAUAACCAUUACUUGUUGAUAAAUUAAACAGAAGGCUACAAUCAAGUAGGCGUCAGCGGGAAAUCAUGUUUUAUCAUAUUUCCCUGGAGCAUGAGAUCCUGCUCCACCCUCGGUACUUUGGUCCCAAUCUCCUGAACACUGUGAAACAGAAGCUCUUCACAGAAGUGGAGGGAACAUGCACAGGAAAAUAUGGAUUCGUCAUUGCGGUGACCACCAUUGACAACAUUGGUGCAGGUGUCAUCCAACCAGGCAGGGGAUUUGUGCUUUACCCCGUCAAGUACAAGGCUAUUGUCUUCCGUCCAUUCAAAGGCGAGGUGGUAGAUGCCGUGGUUACCCAGGUCAACAAAGUUGGACUGUUCACAGAGAUCGGCCCCAUGUCCUGUUUCAUCUCUCGUCACUCCAUUCCCUCAGAGAUGGAGUUUGACCCCAACUCAAAUCCUCCCUGUUAUAAGACCACUGAUGAGGACAUUGUAAUCCAACAGGAUGAUGAGAUUCGGUUAAAGAUCGUGGGAACAAGAGUGGAUAAAAACGACAUUUUCGCUAUUGGAUCCCUCAUGGACGAUUACCUGGGUCUUGUCAGCUGAUGUCCCUGCAGUGCUAUGCUGAUGUAUCAACAUACAUCUCUCAUAUUGUAUGUAAAUGCCUCAACAAUAUAGUACUGUCAUUUUUCUAGGUUGAUAAUGUGGUAUUGCUACAAAUCCUGUACUAAGUUGGGACACCGUACGAAUACAUACUAUUGAAACCACACAGAGUCGGAACUAGAAGCACAAGCAUUUCGCUACACUCGCAUUAACAUCUGCUAACCAUGUGUAUGUGACAAAUAAGAUUUGAUUUGAGAGCCUGUUGAUAAGCAGGUGGUUAUGUUGCUGUAUCGUUGCUGAGUUACCCUUCCAGUUGCUGUUGUUUAUUGUAUUUCUACAACUUGAACUGGAAAUAAAUGUUUAUUUUUUUUGGUAAUGUU